AUGGCUGAUGAUGAUCUGUCUUUUAUGAUUUUUCUUCCGAAAUCCGAUUCUCAGGAAACUUUGAAUAACCUUGACGCUGAAAAAUUCCAAAACUUGAUUCGAGAACUUUCACCCGGAUUCAUCGACUUUGAAAUCCCAAUUUUCUCCAUAUCAUCAAUUCUCGAAAUUCCUGAAAUCCCGAACUCUCCUCAAAAAUCAAGUUUCCAAGUCUCUUCUCAAAGCACAGAUGAUAUUGGAAAAUGUCGAAUUAUCACGAAACGAUCGAUUGGAUUCAUAAAACUUCCUUGUGAUACAGUUCCAUUCAAAUUUCAAGCAAAUCGUCCAUUUUUAAUUUGUAUGAUCCAUGAGAAUGUUCCAGUGAUUAUGGGGAUUUUUAAUGGAGAUCCGAACUAA